AUGGUUCCGAUGACUUCCGCGCUCCUCAAGGCUUGGCGAUUAACCGGAUCGGUGGAAUGCAGGGUCGUAGUCGAUGACUCCAAGGCACUGUUCCAAUUCGAAUCGGAAUCGGAUCUUCUCUGGGUGCUUGAUCAGGAGCCGUGGUCGUUCAACGACUGGAUGCUUGUGGUCGACAGGUUCGACCGACGGGACGAGCCUGAUUACCUGCGGUUCAUGAAUUUCUGGGUUGAGAUAGUCGGAAUCCCUUGGAAUUACAGAAACGACGCGGUGAUCAAGAGGAUUGGUUCUGUUGUAGGUGAGGUGUUGGAGAUCCACGAGCAAGGACCUGGUGUGAGAGCGAGGAUUCGAGUCGAUGUAAACGAGGGCCUGGAAUUUGAGAGGCGUGUUUUGUUUGAAAGAAGCGAUGAAGAUGUGGAGGUUAGGUUUGUGUAUGAGAAGUUGAAGAUGUUUUGUCAAACUUGUGGGAGCCUUGCUCACCACAAAGCUCGAUGCCCAGACGAAUGA